UGGACCGUAGCUGGACCUCCAUGUGAUAAAAAAGGAUGCCUGUGCAUUUAACGUUAUCGUUUCCUUCAAGUCAGGCAAUACGCGGACGAGUGGCUCUUGCUCUUCGCUCUUCGCAUUCCGUAUAUUUCUAUUGACCCAUCACAAACCCUAAUGAACUGAACACGGUCCUUCGUAUUGAUCUGCCUCGGCCAUCCUCGUCUGGUCACGAGUGCUACCUGGUACUGCCACCAACAUAGUCACAUUCAUAUCACCAACACCCUCCAUCCCUUAGACUCUGUGGGAUCUUCCAAGUGUUCAAAGAUUGAGAGUAACCUGUGCAGACCUUUUGCCUCCAUGACCCACCUCAUCCUCCCGCACGCUCCUCCAUCAUGACAACCGAGAACCUCCGGGCCAGAAAGACCCAACCUGACUCUACAAGCCUCCCAAAAGAUGUUCAAGUGAAUGGAUCGGGUGCCAGUCUGUUGGCUCGGACUGGUCACCCAGCGGGAAAAGUCAAGCAUGGCACGGCUAUUCAAGUCCUGCGUGGACUGCUCCUUGCCACUUGGUUGAACGCAUGCGCCGUCACCAUCAUGACCACCCAAGUCAUCGGUUCCCCUCUCUAUUGGUACAAUAGAGACUAUUACUACGCUUAUAUGGCCCUCACAAAACAAUCAUUUGGAAUAUGUGGAACGGCGGGCACGCGUUGGUUUGCACCGACCCCGGUACGAGUUAGUUGGGACAAAGAUUUGAAGGGACAAUUGUGGAAGUCACCAUCAGGAAGGCUCGAGACGGCGUUCCCGGAGCGUCUGGUCUACGUUGCUAACCACCAAGUCUACACCGAAUGGCUGUAUCUGUGGUGGAUAGCAUACACUAGCCGGAUGCAUGGGCACAUCUACAUCAUCCUGAAAGAAUCGUUAAAAUAUGUUCCCGUUCUAGGGCCUGGAAUGAUGUUCUAUGGGUUCAUCUUCAUGGCAAGAAAAUGGACGUCAGAUAAACCUCGUCUUCAACAUCGACUGGAGAAGUUGAAGACUAGGCACAGUGGACCCAUGUCUGGCUCUGCUGGCCUGGAUCCAAUGUGGCUGUUGAUCUUCCCCGAAGGCACCAACCUGUCUGCCAAUACCAAAAAAGCCAGCAAGAGAUGGGCUGAUAAGCAAGGGAUCGAGGAUCUUAGGCACUGUUUGUUACCAAGAAGCACCGGACUCUUCUUCUGUUUGCAGCAGCUCAAAGGCACGGUAGAUUGGGUUUAUGAUUGCACCAUGGCAUACGAGGGAACUCCGAAAGGAGGAUUUGCACCCGAUUUCUUUACCAUUCGAUCGACAUAUCUUCAGGGUAGGCCUCCGAAAUGUGUCAACAUGCAUUGGCGACGGUUCGCUGUUUCAGAGAUUCCGCUCGAAGACGCAAAGGAAUUCGAGGAGUGGCUUCUGGCACGAUGGCGGGAAAAAGAUGACUUGCUCGAGCUGUGGUACAAUACUGGCCGAUUCCCCGCCGAUGCAGAGUCUGCGGAUGAUAAAAAGGGCGUCUCUCCAGAAGGAUACAUUGAGACUGAAAUCACGCUCAAUAACUGGACCGAAGUUGGGCAGAUAUUCGUUGUUCUCGCGACCGUCGCCCUGUUGGUCAACGUCGUCUUGAAGUUCAUUGGGAUCUUUGUGAAGCUGUCAUGAUUGGGAAAGAUAUACCAGGCGUUACUGGAAAGAUGUCAUUGGCGUAUGUGCGCUAGGAGGGCAAAGAAAGGAGGAGCUGACCGGAGUAUGCUGCUGGGUUUUGGCAAUGAAGCUACAAUGCAAGGCAUGAAGCGGGAGCUCGGGAUUUGGGGCCUAAAACACCUAGAUAUCAUCCCUGCUGACAUUGAGGCACGAGUGCGACCUCCCUAGUCACCUCAUUCUAUAGAGAGUCGUGUGAGAUACUGGUACACUAUACAAGAUCAAUUGAAAGGGCCUUGUGGUCCGGCAUCGGGGGUUAGAGGGGGGCACAAGGAGCAUUGGGGGGUUCAUUCUGGGUUCAAUUCCAAC